CUGCGCUUUCACCCUCUUUUUUCUUAAUCUCCCCCUAUCGCCCCUCGUGUUUCGUGACUGUGCCAGCAUUUUUUAUUAUCUCUCAGGGUAAAGUGACGUUCUCCCCAUCAAAUCGUUGUUCUCUAGGCUCAGGAUCUCAUGAUAGUCGCUUGGGGCCUCGAUCUUUUAGCAAUUCGAUCCACCUGUUGAACAACCCCCGACGAAUGAUCCCGUCGGCCCCACCCUCUAAGCGGCGCUCGCUCUCGGCUCUUGUCCAGAUCAUCGGCGUAUUAUCAAACGUGCCGAAAUGCAGAAGCCAACCCCGGUAUCUGGUCUUACGGCAGGAUCUAGAGCUCCAGGCCCAGCCGUUUAACCUCUCAGUAUGGGACAACGUCAAGGCCUCAAAAAUGUUAUUCACCGUGGCACCUUUUUCCACAGUCGAGGGCUCUGGUCAAAAAAGGUAUAUAAGAGCCUGCUCUGACGGUCAAUUCCAACUCAUCUCAUCUCAACCAACCACCAACCAACCUUCUUUACCACACCUUUAAAAAAAAGCUAGCUUUAGCUACACCACACUCACUACACACCACUGCUUUACGCAACCACCACAAAAGCCCAACACAUAUCUAGAAUGUUCACCCAGGUCCUUACCGCUCUCUUCGCUGCCUCUGCUGUCCUUUCCGCUCCCGUGGAGUUCGGAAAGCGAUCCUCCAACGAGACCAUGACUGGUGGCCGCGCCACCUACUACACCGUCACCGGUACCGGCUCCGCCUGCGAGUUGACCGUCACCGAUGAGGACUUUAUUGUCGCUCUUAACAAGCCUCAAUACAACUCCGUCGACAACCACUACUGUGGCGAGUACGUCACCAUCACCAACACCGACAACGGUAACACCGAGACUGCCUACGUCGCCGACGAGUGCCCCGAGUGCAAGUGGGGUUCCCUCGACAUGAGCCCUGCUCUCUUCUCCGCCCUCGCCGACGGUGACUUUGACCUCGGUGUCUUCCCCAUCUCUUGGGUCUGGGGCUCCGACAACUCCACCACCUACAACUCUACCUCCAACGCCACCUCUUCCGCCUAAGCGCCUAGUGCCCUAUAGCUUGUAGCUCUUCUUCAUGGUCUAGAUAUGCCCAGUGCAUUCUAGUCUUGUGUUACUAUCUACCUUAUACUCCUUGUAAACCUUAAGUACUGUAGUUGGAAGCCUGGCGCCCGACUAUAGUUGUCAUUCUAUAGAAAAUCUUUUUGGGUGCUUCGGUCGGAAAUGGAAAAUCUUGUACGGGCUGGUUUGCUUGAUGCAU